AUGCCUGCAUUUAUCAUUGAUAUUGAGUACUGUGGCCUGCCCCGCUGUUGUGCUACUUGUGGAGUGUUUGGACAUGACUGCUCUCUUCCUUCUGCUGGGGUUCCCAAUAAACGGGUCUGGCGUCGUAAGCAAGCUAAUGUACUUGAAUUGGGACAAUCUGAGGUAGCUGUUACAGAGAAUCUAAUGAUGGAACAAGUGGAGCAAGAUGCUCCUGAGAAGGGAAUUGCGCAGGUUUCAGGAGAAGGGGUUGCUAUUGAUAAAGGCAAACAAGUAAUGGAGGACUCUACCCCUCCUGUUACCCUAAGUGCUCUGCCCUCUCAAGAAGAAUUCAACAAGGUGAUCAAUGGUGCUAAACCGAGGUCUAAUCUGAAAUUGCCCACUCCUGUGUUGCAUUUUAAUGCAUUUGAAUUGUUAUGUGGCCAAAGAGAUAUUGUCUUACAAGCCCCUUCAAAGAACGGGGGUAGAGAUGGGCUUGGAAGUAAAGGGGGAACCACUAAGGUGGUUGCUUCUCGUAAAUGA